AUGUGCAAAAAGUACUGCUGGGAGAUAAGGAGGUAUAAUGGUAGUCACACGUGUACUAGAGCAACCAUUUCUCAAGAUCAUUCGAAAUUGGGUUCUAACACAAUUGCAGAAGAAAUUAAGCCCUUGGUAGAAGUUGACCCAUCUAUAAAGGUGAAAUCAGUUAUUGCAGAAGUACAGUCAAAGUUUAAUUACACCGUAAGUUAUCGCAAAACAUGGUUAGUAAAGCAGGAGGAAGUGGAGUCAAUUUUUGGCGGUUGGGAAGCUUCAUAUGAAGCUUUGCCCAUCUGGUUUGAGGCCAUGUGUCACAAAGAGCCAUCAACGAUAGUUCACUUUGAAAUAAUGCCUGCGUACCAGGGUGAUGACUUGGUUCCUAACAAUUGUGUCUUACAUCGAGUCUUCUGGAGUUAUUACCCUUGUAUCAGAGCAUUUAGACAUUACAAGCCAAUAGUGCAGGUAGACAAAACUCAUUUGUGUGGAAAAUAUAAAGGUUGUUUGUUGGUUGCAGUUUCUCAGGACGGCAACAACAAUAUGGUGCUCAUUGCAUUUGCGAUAGUGGAGGGAGAGACAUCUGAGGCGUGGCACUUUUUUCUCAGUAACUUGCGACAGCAUGUGGUGACACGUGACGGUGCGGGCCUUAUCACCGAUUGA